CGGGCGGCCAUGGCGGCGGGCGCAGGGGCCAGGCCGGGGCUGCGCUGGCCGAGGGCGCUGGCGGAGCCGCUGAGCGCGGCGCAGCUGCGGCGGCUGGAGGAGCACCGCUACUGCGCGGCCGGCGUGUCGCUGCUCGAGCCGCCGCUGCAGGUCUACUGGACCUGGCUGCUGCGGUGGGUCCCGCUCUGGGUGGCCCCCAACUCCAUCACCCUGCUGGGCCUGGCCGUCAACCUGUUCACCACGCUGGCGCUCAUCUCCUAUUGCCCCACGGCCACCGAGGAGGCACCAUACUGGACAUACCUUUUAUGUGCACUGGGACUCUUUAUCUACCAGUCACUGGAUGCUAUUGAUGGGAAACAAGCCAGAAGAACAAAUUCUUGUUCUCCUUUAGGAGAACUUUUUGACCAUGGUUGUGACUCUCUUUCCACAGUAUUUAUGGCAGUUGGAGCUUCAAUUGCUGUGCGCUUAGGAACUCAUCCUGACUGGUUGUUUUUCUGCUCUUUUAUUGGGAUGUUCAUGUUUUACUGUGCUCAUUGGCAGACUUAUGUUUCAGGCGUGUUGAGGUUUGGAAAAGUGGAUGUAACUGAAAUUCAGAUAGCUUUAGUGAUGGUCUUUGUGUUUUCUACAUUUGGAGGAGCAACAAUGUGGGACUAUACGAUACCCAUUCUAGAAAUAAAAUUGAAGAUCUUUCCAGUUCUUGGAGUAGUAGGUGGAGCAAUAUUUUCCUGUUCAAAUUAUUUCCAUGUUAUCCUCCAUGGUGGUGUUGGCAAGAAUGGAUCCACUAUAGCAGGCACCAGUGUCUUGUCACCUGGACUCCACAUAGGAAUUAUUAUUAUAUUGGCAAUAAUGAUCUAUAAAAAGUCAGCAACUAAUGUGUUUGAAAAGCAUCCUUGUCUUUAUACCCUUAUGUUUGGAUGUGUCUUUGCUAAAGUAUCACAAAAAUUGGUGAUAGCUCACAUGACCAAAAGUGAACUGUAUCUUCAAGACACUGUCUUUUUUGGCCCAGGUCUUUUAUUUUUAGACCAGUACUUUAAUAAUUUUAUAGACGAAUAUGUUGUUCUUUGGAUAGCAAUGGUCAUUUCUUCAUUUGAUAUGAUGAUGUAUUUUAGUGCUUUGUGCCUGCAAAUUUCAAGACACCUUCAUCUAAAUAUCUUCAAGACUUCAUAUCAUGAAGCACCCGAACAGAGACACAAGAGGAGGGAGAAGCAGGCUCCAUGCCGGGAGCCCGACGUGGGACUCGAUCCCGGGAUUCCAAGAUCACGCCUCGGGCCAAAGGCAAGCGCCAAACCACUGAGCCACCCAUGGAUCCCCUGUAUGAUCUUUCCAAUGCUUAUCUUUCAGUUCCUUGGACCACUUUUCACCAACAGUUUUUGUUCCCCACUCUACUUUAGCCAUUCACAGUACAUGCUCAUACCCUAGAUUUUGUCACUGCCAAUAACUACAACCUCUACACAGUAUAAACAAUAGAAAAUUUCUCAUUAACUAUGUGUUAGAUACUACUCUGAACUCUUUAAAUAAACAUAUUAUAUAUGAACUCAUUUAAUCCUCAAAA